CCUCCAAGGAUGCACCACAAGCCUGCUCCAUGGUCCCCAGAGGGAGUUGUUCAGAUAAUCCCAUCUCUCUGCAAGGUAAUUUUGCCCCCAUGCCUCUUCUCCAUCACCCCUCCCACUCCCUCUGAGAUCACCCACUCCUGACAAGGCGAAGGAGACGGUGCCUUUAAACUCCAGAGCGCCAAAGGGACUGCCAGAUGCACAGCCAGAUGGCAAAACUGGGAGGCACUCUUCCACCUUCAGCUUAGCAGAAGACAGUUGCCCAGCUCAGGUCCGAUGUGGACAAAGGAAGACGGAGACCCCCAGUGCCCCCCCAGGCUGCCAGCUAUGGAACCCUGAGAAGGCAGAUGUCUCCCUCUGGCCUCAUGCCUGUCGCCUGUGCCACGGCCGAAGCAUGCAGGAAUCCCUUGAAUUCCUCCUGAUAUUUCUGUUCCUCCAAAAGAAAGCCGAGACUAGUUCCACUGGAAACUCGGCCAAAGAGACGUUUGAGGCAUGGCAACAGUACCAGCAGGCCUGCCGUCGCAAGAUGUUGGAGGACCCACAACCCACAACACUGGUGUGUAACCGCACCUUUGACAUGUACGCCUGCUGGGACGAUGCUCUUCCCAAUACCUCGGCUCAAGUCCCCUGUCCCUGGUAUCUCCCUUGGCACCAGCAAGUGCAAGGUGGCUUCGUGUUCCAGAAAUGUGGCCCAGAAGGACAGUGGGUGGUGGAUGAGUCAGGUCAUCCUUGGCGUGAUCACUCCCAGUGUGAGGGCCUCAGAGAGGAGCUUCCUUUCCAGAAUCACUUGUGGAUCCUGGGGCAGUUUCGCCUGAUGUACACAGUGGGGUACUCCCUUUCGCUGGUGGCUCUUCUGGCAGCCCUGGCAUUGUUGGCAGCUUUCAGGAAACUUCGAUGCAUCCGCAAUUAUAUCCACAUGAACCUUUUCUUGUCCUUUAUGUUGCGGGCGGUCUCCAUCCUGGCCCGGGACACUCUCCUCUCGUUACACUUCCCCAAGCACCUCCGGGCGGAAGGAGAUUUCUCCCACUUUCCUAUGAGACAGGCUCUUGCUGGCUGUCGCUUGGCCCAGGUCCUAACCCAGUACUGUGUCUGUGCAAAUUACUAUUGGCUUCUCGUAGAGGGGCUCUAUCUCCAUAACCUGCUGGGGCUGAUGGCCUUCUCGGAAGAGAGCUACUUCCCAGGCUAUCUGCUCAUUGGAUGGGGGGCACCGAUCCUGUUUGUCACCCCCUGGGUGAUGGUGAGAUAUUUCUAUGAGAACAAUGAAUGCUGGGAGAGAAAUAACAACAUGGGCUACUGGUGGAUUAUCCGUUGCCCCAUCCUCCUAGCAAUCUUUGUCAACUUUGUGAUCUUCAUUCGUGUCAUCAAGAUUCUGGUCUCCAAACUCCAAGCACAGCAGAUGCGUUACACGGAUUACAAAUUCAGGUUGGCCAAGUCCACCCUGACCCUCAUCCCCUUACUGGGCAUUCACGGAGUGGUGUUUGCACUGGUCACUGAGGAGCAGGCCCAAGGCACGUUGCGCUACAUCAAAUACAUCUUCGAGCUGUUCCUUAAUUCCUUCCAGGGCCUGCUGGUGAGUGUCCUCUACUGUUUUGUCAAUAAAGAGGUCCAGUCUGAGAUCCGCAGGAAGUGGCAGAGCUGCCAGCUGGGUGCCAGCCUGCUUGAGAAGCAAGGUCACAGCGGCAGCCACAGGACUUCUUGGCGCACCCGAAGCAGCCAGUGCAAGAAGGGUCACGCGCCCCCCGCACUGCCCAGCCCCCCAGGAGGGAAAGUGCCCUUCAACGGCUUCCAGGACACAGCAGGUGCCCAGUUUCACCGGACUCCCAAAUCUUAUCAGUAUGUCCCUGUCCGGAGGAAGUCUGUGGACAGGACAGAGGAGUCCCCUGUUGCCAGAAAGGCACUUCCAAGCACCGAUUGCCCUCAAAACAGUUGCUGACCCCCCGACUUCUCAUCCAUCAUCCAUGAGAACAUUAGAGAGCUUUGUCAGCAUUCCAGAAGAGAAGGGGCUUUCCAAAGGGGUUGGAAGGAAGCCCAGACAGCAGUGGGUCCCUGGCAGAAGCAGGGAAUCCUCACUUAAGCAAAUUGUGGGUUGUCCUGUAGCUGCCUCCAGCGACUCUCUGGGAGCUUCAGCUAGUAUAGAAGGCAGUGCCUCACAUUUUGAUGGCAUUUGACUCACCAGGCGCAGGUCACAUAUCCCAAGGCUGCAAAAGCACCACUUGCCUAGUCCCCUAUGUCAUCUAAGAAUCGCCCCAGGUGACUAGGCAGAGAAACAUCAUAAACUUGGAAAAGUUGGUUGUGCUGUGGAGUCGGUGUCAACUCCUGGCAUAGGGACAUAGGAAGCUGCCAUAUACUGAGUCAGACCAUUGGUCUAUCUAGCUCAUUAUUGUCUUCACAGAGUGGCAGCGGCUUCUCCAAGGUUGCAGGCAGGAAUCUCUCUCAGCCCUAUCUUGGAGAAGCCAGGGAGGGAACUUAGAACCUUCUACUCUUCCUAGAGUGGCUGCAUCCCCUAAGAGGGGAAGAUCUUACAGUGCUCACACAUCAAGUCUCCCAUUCAUAUGCAACCAGGGUAGACCCUGCUUAGCUAAGGGGACAAGCCACACUUGCUACCACAAGGCCAGCUCUACUCUCUCCACAGAGUCAUGUGGCUUUCUUAGUAGAAAUGUGGGUUUCUUGGUAGAAUACAGGAAUGGUUUGCCAUUGCCUUCUCAUGCGCAGCAUGAGAUGAUGCCUUUCAACACCUUCCUAUAUUGCUGCUACCAGAUAUAGGAGUUUCCCAUAUUCUGGGAAACAUACCAGAAAUGGUUUCCCAACACACAUGGGAAUAUGUGUUUCCCAUAUUCUGGGAAACACAAAUUGGAAGAGUAAUUAUAUUUUUUUCCCUUUUUUAAAUUUCUGGCUAGUAACACUUUUUGUGGCCCAGUAGCUUUGGUGGAGUGAUAAGCAAGGGACAAGCAUUUUCCAGCCUCUAACUUUUGGUUUUCUGUUUUGUUCCAAACACCCUUCAAGGUGCUGGCUUUGACCUAUAACCCAUUGACAGACUUGGCCCCACAUAACUACACCCCACCACCCCAUAUUGUCUGAGGCAGGGGUGGGCAAACAUGGCCCUCCCGUGCUGUUGAACUACAAUUCCCAUCACUCCCAGCCACAAUAAAUAGUGGCAGGGGAUGAUGGGAGUUGUAUUCCAACAACAGUGGGAGGGCUAAGUUUGCCCACCUCUAGUCUAAGGCAGGAGUUCUCAACCUUGGGCUCCUCAAAUGUUUGACUACAACUCCCAUCAUCCAGGCCCUUGUGGCAGAGUGAUGGGAGUUGUAGUUCAUCAACAUCUGGAGCACCACAGGUUGGGAACUCCCUGUACUAAGCGGUCUCUCUGCCCUUGGAGAUUCGCCAAAACCUGGGCUCAUUAUAUUCUUGGGGGAAUGUUGCAAUACUGUUCUGUUUGAGUUAGCUUUUGGAGGCUGGGUUUAACUGGCCGGGUUGGAGGUUAACAGCCGCAAAGGGGUAUUUGAAAAUUGGAUUUGAAAAUGUGAAUGCACUUUCCCUUGAGAAAAGUGAGCAAUGUGCAA